UUUCUUAAUCGACAAAACUGAUCCAUAACAGUUAGUUACCACCACACAACGAAUUAACUACCAAAACUGAUUUUGUGUUAUGUUACAUAACAAUAACAAUGGCACUCUCAUCUUGCUGCAGUUUUGUUGUUUGUUCCUCAAACAUUAACAACCCUUUACCAUCUUUUACUUUCAAAUUCCCUUCCCUAUGGCCAUCCACCCAAAACCAAAAGCUCAAGAUGGGGCCUCUAAGUGUUUCUCCAAUGGGUUUUGGAACUUGGGCAUGGGGUAAUCAGCUUCUUUGGGGGUAUCAAGAAUCCAUGGAUGAUGACCUACAGCAAGUGUUUAACAUGGCUGUUGAGAAUGGUGUUAAUCUUUUUGAUACUGCUGAUUCUUAUGGUACUGGAAGGUUUAAUGGUCAGAGUGAGAAACUUCUUGGGAAGUUCAUUCGAGAUUUUCGAGAGAAAAAAGGGAGCCAGAAUGAAAUUGUGAUUGCAACAAAAUUUGCUGCUUAUCCAUGGCGCCUUACACCAGGGCAGUUUGUCGAUGCUUGCAGGGCAUCACUAGAUAGGAUGCAGAUUGAGCAAAUUGGGAUAGGACAACUGCAUUGGUCAACUGCAAAUUAUGCUCCUUUUCAAGAAUUAGCUCUUUGGGAUGGUUUAGUGGCAAUGUAUGAUAAGGGUUUAGUUCAAGCUGUUGGAGUAAGUAAUUAUGGACCAAAGCAGCUUUUGAAGAUACAUGAUUACUUGAAAGACCGCGGAGUUCCGUUAUGCUCAGCCCAGGUGCAAUUUUCUUUGCUAAGCAUGGGGGAAGAUCAACUAGAGAUCAAGAGUAUAUGUGAUUCUUUAGGUAUUCGCGUAAUUGCUUAUAGUCCUCUAGGACUAGGAAUGCUUACUGGGAAAUACUCAGCAUCCAAACUUCCAACUGGACCAAGGGGAUUGCUAUUUAAGCAAAUACUUCCUGGACUGGAUCCUUUAUUGAGUUCCCUGAGAGAUAUUGCAAAUAAAAGACGCAAAACCAUGUCACAGGUUGCAAUAAAUUGGUGCAUAUGCAAAGGUACAAUUCCAAUUCCUGGAGUCAAGUCAAUAACACAAGCAGAGGAAAAUUUGGGUGCUCUGGGUUGGCGUCUCUCCUCAAACGAGCUACUUCAGUUGGAGGAUGCAGCACAGCAAUCGCCUCGCAGGAUGAUCCAAAACAUUUUUCAAACCAGAUGAUAUUAGCGGCACAAGUUGCACACUGAGAAUAACAAGGCAAGGCCUCAUGGUUUUUAUCAUCUUCUAACAAGAAAACCAGAGAAGAUUGUUGAACAAUUUCAUCUAUACUCGUCCAGAAGAGAUCGUUGUUUUUAAAGUAUUGCAGUUACGUGCAUAUCUUCGUUUUUAAAGUAUUGCAGUGUGCAUAUUGUGAAGAGUUGUGUAACUUCAAGAGCACCAAUCCUGAUCAUAUACUUGGACAA